CAGUCAAGCAACGCACCCUUGUUCUCCAUACCAUGACCGUAGCUACUCAAGAAGUAUCCAACGCCCCACUGCAUCGCGUAUGGAAAACAGCGGUGACGCUGACUAUCGGUGCCGCAGUAUUACUCCUAGGUUGCGCCGCUUCGUCCCUUAGUCCAACGGGAAAAGGAGGCGUUGUGGGCGCUUCGUACGAUCAUCUCAUCUCCGCGAGUACCGUGACUACUUACAGCGAUCCUCCUCUCUCUCGUUACCUUCAAGACACUGACUUGGUAUGCCAGGUCACCGUCUUUGAAAUCGUCAACGACGCCCUGAACGGUGUUACCGAUUCCGCGGACUUUUAUGAAUGCCAGGUAGUCCUCGGAACAACCUUGGACAGCGUGCGUUUUACGCUGGAACUCCCCGAAUCCCUCGCAGCGGAACAGAAGGCAUUGGUACUCGACGACUCUCAAGAUGUCUUUUACGUCAAGAUCCCCAACGGUAGUGUGGACCUCACCCAGGCUUCCAUUGUGGUUCCUGACGCCAACGCAAUCUCCCUAAUCUCUCCUCCGCACGGUCUUGCUCCCCCGGGACGCCGUCUUGCUGCUCCUACCGGUACCAUCUCCGCAGUAGUUAUUCGAAUCACCGAUAACAGUCGUUCCAGUCCCUCAUUUUCCGCCUCGGAACUCUACCAGAGCCACUUUGGCAACCAAGUGUCUCUCAAAUGGCAGUACCACAAGUGCUCCGCGGGCAAGCUCCGAAUUGAACCUGCUCCCGUUGCGAUUCUGGAUGUCACCGUUAACCGUCGCGCUGCUUCUUCAAACUCCCAACAGAUGGUGCAAGCUGCCGAACAAGAAGCUCUGAAUGUACUGCGUACUCGUCACGGAAGAAGCCAUUCGUCAUUGCGAGACUACGCCGGUAUCACUAUCUUUGUGACACCUCCUAUGGGUAACUGGUUGGCGUACGCUUCGAUUGGAGGCGGCCUCUCGGUCUACAACGAUAAAUGGGGAGGUUACAUUGCUUCUAUUAUGCACGAAGUCGGACACAACUUCAAGCUUUUGCACGCCAACGAACGUGGCGAAUACCAAGAUCACACCGGGUACAUGUCCGGAGCGGUUCUCGGAUACCACGAUGCUCAACACUUUCCCGAAAUGUGCUUCAAUGGAGCCAACCAUUGGGCUCUCGGUUGGUACUCCGACAAGACCCAAUCAGUCAGUCUCAACAACUUGCAACAACCGACUCUGCUUUCCAUUGCGCCCUUUGUGGACUAUCAACGUGUCCCUGGUGGCUACCCAGUCGUUGUCCAGAUCCCCGAGAUGAACUACUACCUCCAAUACAAUCGCGCUAAGUCCUUCAAUGCCGAUACGUAUGAAUACGCUGAUCACGUUACCAUCACUCUGCAGCAAAACUCUGCUACGGAACUCGUGGAAGCCAUUAGUCCAUCUGAUACCCCCAAGUUUGAGGCCAACUACGGAUCACAGAAGGUAACCAUCCAAAUCUGUUCCGCGGUGGCUGGAAGCGGAAAUACCCCCGAGCAUAUGCUUGUCUCCGUUGGCCUGAAUGGCGCCUCGGCCUGUAAUUCUGGUGGUGGCGGCGGUGGUGGUGUUGGUGCACCCGACAUCUUUACACCAAACCAAGACAAUGAGGUUUGUGGACUGCAGAGCGGAGCCAAGUGUACUUCCGACGGGCAAUGCUGUUCCAAACGGUGUCGCACUUCCUGGGAUCCUGCUUACAACAUUUGCAGCCACGACACCACCAACCCAUUUGCGAUAGACCGACAAGAUGUACUGGACGCCCUGAAUCUCGGCGGCUCGGACCGUUCUCGAACUCGAGGCGGCAACGUACGGAGCUUGCGUUUGCAAAAUGUGGAAUCUACUUCGAACUAGGUCACUACCGACAGUUCCUAGAUUGCGCACGGAAUACUACCUGCAAUCUAUGAUGUUACAUAUCCUUUCUAUCAUUCGUUCCAACUUCUCUCUACCGUUCAAAACCAAUUUCAUGGUUCUGAACUAAUGUUGUCGAAGUGUGUAAAUGAUCAUCAUAGCUAAUGUAAGAACCACGAUUUGU